GCCAUGCGAGACACAAUCAGAAAUCUUCAAGCCCAAUGUGAUGAAAACCUGAGAGAGAAGGAUCGUAGUGAAAUACAACUAGAGGACGUCAAGAGACAAAUUGCAGAUUUACAACAAAGAAAUCUAGAGGGUAGAGAGACAUUAUCUAGAGUUCGUGAGGGAGCUCGCAAUGAAGAAACACGAAUUACAGAGACUGAGCUAACUAGACUCGGGAGAACACAGGAGAAAUACAUUCAGUUAGAAUCCAGAGUCAAGGAUCUGGAACAAGAAAUAGUUGAGAGGACCACUGAAAAGAACCAGUUAUCCGAGGCCUUGAAUAUGUCUUAUGUAGAGCUACAGAAUCUAAGAGCACAGAUAACACAGGAUGGUGUCUUAAGGAUGGAGCAAAUCCAUGAUUUAGAAUCUGAAUUAGAGGCAGUCAGGGAGCAACUACGUGCAACGACAAAGGAAUUAAAGAAGGAAAAACGUACUGCAGCCAGUCAAAUACAAGAACUUCAGACCUUAUCACAGGACCACUGUCAACGGGCAAAUAGACUGACUGAAGAACUAAAUAAUCUACACACUCAAUACAUAGCACUACAAAGAGAGUUAAGAAUCAAA